AUGGCCAACUCCAUCGGCGGCACCUCUGCCGACAAGUUCGAUCUGGAUCCGCUAUGGCAGAAUCUCGAUUGGGCGAUAGGGCAGAUGAUGCUCAUGGGCUGGGAUGGCACCCAAGUGACGCCUCAGAUCAGGAGCCUCAUUGAGGACCACCACCUCGGCUCCAUCAUCCUGACGGCCAAAAACCUCAAAUCGGCCCAUCACACUGCGUUGCUCGUCCAGGAGCUUCAGAUGAUCGCCAAGAACUCGGGCCAUCCGCAGCCGCUUCUCAUUGCCGUCGACCAGGAGAAUGGCGGCGUCAACAGCCUCUUCGACGAGGACUUCGUCUGCCAGUUCCCCAGCGCCAUGGCCAUUGCUGCCACCGGCAGUCUCGAACUGUCGUACGAAGUCAACAAGGCGACGGCUACCGAGAUCUCGGCCUGCGGCGUGAACCUCAUGCUGGGCCCGGUGCUAGACGUCCUGAACAAUGCGCGCUAUCAAGUCAUUGGAGUGAGAGCCUCGGGUGACGAUCCCCAGGAGGUAUCGCAGUAUGGACUGGCGGCCCUGAGCGGGAUCCGCGACGCGGGUGUGGCGUCUUGUGGAAAGCAUUUCCCUUCGUACGGAAACCUCGACUUCCUCGGCUCCAACCUGGACGUUCCCAUCAUCACCCAGACGCUGGAAGAGCUGAGCCUCAGCGCGUUGGUGCCCUUCCGGAACGCCAUUGCUUCCGGCAAACUAGAUGCCAUGUUCAUUGGCGGUUGUGGCAUCUCUAAUCCCUCCAUGAAUGUUAGCCAUGCCUGUCUGUCCGAUCAGGUUGUUGACGAUCUCCUUCGAAACGAACUCGGCUUUAAGGGCGUUGCCAUCUCAGAAUGCCUUGAAAUGGAGGCGCUGAGCCAGGACCUUGGUGUGCAGAACGGCGUCGUCAUGGCCGUAGAGGCGGGAUGUGAUAUCGUGCUCCUAUGUCGUGCAUACGAUGUUCAGUUGGAAGCCAUCAAGGGCCUCAAGCUCGGUUACGAGAACGGCAUCAUUACCAAAGAGAGGAUCUUCACCUCUCUCAAGCGAAUCUUUCACCUCAAAUCGACAUGCACAUCUUGGGCGAAAGCGCUCAAUCCUCCGGGGAUCAACCUCCUCUCUCAAAUCCGCCCCUCUCACCUGGCUCUAUCUCGGCGAGCUUAUGACGAUUCCAUCACCAUUGUGCGGGACAAGGAGAAGCUGCUUCCCCUCUCCCUUUCGAUGCAUCCCGGCGAAGAGCUGCUCCUGCUAACGCCCUUGGUCAAGCCACUGCCGGCUUCCUCGUUGACCAAGAGCCUGCUCGAGUCGAAGAACGAUCCAUCCUUGAUCAGCACCGAACACGAUCGGUGGAGUCACCAAAUCCGAGAAAGAAGCGCCAUCAUGAGCGGCGAAGGGGUCUUUCGAGAAUUUGGCAAGACCUUGGCAAGAUACCGCAACGAGAAGCUUCUGCACACGAGCUACACGGCCAACGGCGUAAGGCCAGUGCACGAAAACCUCAUCAACAGGGCAUCAUGCAUCAUCAUCUUCACGGCAGACGCAAACAGAAACCUGUACCAGGCCGGCUUCACCAAACAUGUCGACAUGAUGUGCUCCAUGCUCCGCAGCAGAGGGCAGAAGAAGCAGCUCAUUGUUGUCGCCGUGAGCUCUCCAUACGACUUUGCCAUGGACAAGUCCAUAGGCACUUACAUCUGCACAUACGACUUUACGGAGAAUGCCAUGGCUGCUCUGGUCCGGGCGUUGGUCGGAGACAGCAACCCCGUCGGGACCAUGCCGGGCACGCUGCGAAAGAGCAAAAAGGUCCUCAAGUCUCGGCAGCAUUGGCUGGUGGAGGAGUUUGACGGCAACCGAGAUCGAAAGGGGUUGAACGACCUCAUCCGGGCUGUGCACAGGGCCAGCGACCAAGAUUUCCGCUACCUGCAGACCGCAACCGCCGACACUUUUGUUCUUGCCAACCAGAACAUCAAGGAGACCCAUUUCGUGGUUCGAAACAGUAGCACGCAAGCCCUGUACGGCUUUGCCGCGACGUACUUUGUCCAGAACGUGGGCAUUCUCGGAGCGCUCAUUGUCGACCCGACCAAGCGCAACAUGUCGAUCGGCCGGUCGCUUCAUCGCCGAGCCAUCAAGAACUUGACUCAACAGAGGGGCAUCAAGAAAGUCCAGCUGGGGUCAUGCUUUCCCGCUCUCUUCCUAGGAAUCCCUCUCGACAUUGAAGUGACGACGACCAAGGAAUGGUUUAGCAACAGCGGAUGGGACACGCAGUUCCCACGGAGGCUUACCAACAUGGUGAUCCACGAUCUGAGCGCCUGGUACGCCCCCGAGGGCCUAUCGCAGAGCAUCCAGCGGGCCAACAUCAGCUUUGACCUGAUAUACGGCGUGGAAAGCGGAGAUACCGUGAUGCACCAUGUGCGAACGCACGCAAACCCGGAGGUCCUCGAGCUCUACCGCACUGCCCUGGAGGAAAGCAAGGCCUGCGGCAUUGUGCGAGCCAAGGAUGCAGCAGGGAACCUGCUGGGGACCAUUAUCAUCUGCCGGCCAAACAGCCCCCUCGCUCGAUACGUUCCGCCGCUGGUGUCUCUGGGACAAGACAUUGGCGGUCUGCUGGCCCCGAUUGUUCCUCCGGCUCCCCUUUCGACGCUGGUGCUGCAGGGCCUUGCUUUGAUGGGUGUUCGACAGAACAAGGGCCACAAGGCGACAAAGUCGGUGUUGAGCUGGGUUGUCGAUGAUGCGUAUGAGCCGCUCGUGGCGAUGGGAUUUGAUGUUUUGCAGGCAUUCGAGGAGAUUACGAAUUCCCCUGAAACAUUCCAAACUUGA